ACAUGGCGGAGGAAGGUGGUGGUGAUUUACAGCUGAAAAGAAGACGGCGCCGGGACCCCGAGGAACCGGAAAAAACGGAACUCAGCGGAAGAGAGCUGCAAGUGGCGGUGGCCCAAGAGAACGAUGAGGAGAACGAAGAGCGCUGGGUUGGGCCUUUACCUGUGGAAGCAACACUGGCCAAGAAAAGGAAAGCAGCCAUAUGAAUCUGGAAUUUCCAACCCGGUAUCCUGGUGGCUUCUAGAGUUUGAAAGAGUCUAUCUUGACAAUCUCCCUAGUGCAUCCAUGUAUGAGCGCAGUUACAUGCAUAGAGAUGUUAUUACCCAUGUGGUGUGCACCAAGACAGAUUUUAUUAUUACCGCCAGUCAUGAUGGACAUGUUAAGUUUUGGAAAAAAAUAGAAGAGGGAAUUGAAUUUGUUAAACAUUUUCGUAGCCACCUGGGAGUUAUUGAAAGUAUUGCAGUUAGCUCUGAGGGAGCUUUGUUCUGCUCUGUGGGUGACGAUAAAGCAAUGAAGGUGUUCGAUGUAGUGAACUUUGACAUGAUCAAUAUGCUGAAGCUUGGCUAUUUUCCUGGACAGUGUGAGUGGAUCUAUUGCCCAGGGGAUGCCAUAUCUUCAGUUGCUGCUUCUGAGAAGAGUACAGGAAAAAUUUUCAUUUACGAUGGUCGAGGAGAUAACCAGCCUCUUCAUGUUUUUGACAAACUCCAUACAUCGCCUCUUACUCAGAUACGGCUAAACCCGGUUUACAAAGCCGUAGUGUCUUCUGACAAAUCUGGAAUGAUUGAAUACUGGACUGGGCCUCCUCAUGAAUAUAAAUUCCCCAAAAAUGUGAACUGGGACUAUAAAACUGACACAGAUUUAUAUGAAUUUGCCAAGUGCAAGGCUUAUCCAACCAGCAUAUGUUUUUCACCUGAUGGGAAGAAAAUAGCCACUAUUGGUUCUGAUAGAAAAGUUAGAAUUUUCAGAUUUUUAACUGGAAAACUCAUGAGAGUCUUCGAUGAAUCACUAAGUAUGUUUACUGAACUGCAGCAGAUGAGGCAGCAGCUACCAGACAUGGAAUUUGGCCGACGAAUGGCUGUAGAACGUGAAUUGGAGAAGGUGGAUGCAGUAAGAUUAAUUAAUAUAGUUUUUGAUGAAACUGGACACUUCGUGCUCUAUGGAACAAUGCUGGGCAUUAAAGUCAUAAAUGUAGAAACAAACCGGUGUGUGCGGAUCUUAGGCAAGCAAGAGAAUAUUAGAGUCAUGCAGUUGGCCUUGUUCCAGGGAAUAGCCAAAAAACACCGUGCUGCAACUACCAUAGAGAUGAAAGCUUCUGAAAACCCUGUUCUUCAGAAUAUUCAAGCUGACCCAACAAUAGUCUGUACAUCUUUCAAAAAGAAUAGAUUUUAUAUGUUUACCAAACGAGAACCAGAAGAUACAAAAAGUGCAGAUUCUGACCGAGAUGUUUUUAAUGAAAAACCUUCUAAAGAAGAAGUCAUGGCAGCUACUCAAGCUGAAGGACCUAAACGAGUUUCAGAUAGUGCCAUUAUCCAUACAAGCAUGGGAGACAUUCACAUCAAACUUUUUCCUGUUGAGUGCCCCAAGACAGUGGAAAACUUCUGUGUUCACAGCAGAAAUGGUUAUUAUAACGGGCAUACAUUUCACCGUAUAAUUAAGGGCUUCAUGAUUCAGACUGGAGAUCCAACAGGUACUGGUAUGGGAGGAGAAAGCAUAUGGGGAGGAGAGUUUGAAGAUGAAUUUCAUUCAACAUUACGGCAUGACAGACCAUAUACACUCAGCAUGGCCAAUGCUGGAUCAAAUACUAAUGGAUCCCAGUUUUUUAUAACAGUAGUACCAACGCCUUGGCUUGAUAAUAAGCACACAGUGUUUGGACGAGUGACUAAAGGAAUGGAAGUUGUACAAAGGAUCUCCAACGUCAAAGUCAAUCCCAAAACAGAUAAACCCUAUGAGGAUGUCAGCAUCAUAAAUAUUACCAUCAAGUAA